ACUGCAGGAUCUCGCUAAGCCUCAGGCUAAUAUCGUUGCACUCCAAUUAGAAAGGCAUGCUAGUCCGCAAACCGCACGACGGCUGGGGCGAGGCUGAUUUUGCGCUAAAUAUUCUGUACCCUCAAGAGGGGCUGAGCCGGGGUGCCGUGCAGGGUUGGGUUUUGUGUUGGGUCUGUUGAGUGAGGGCUUUAUGAUCUUACUCUUUUUUCUCUCUUUUCCCCUUGUUUUUUGGAUGUAAAUGUACGGUGAUGUUUGUUUGGAUUGGAUUGGAUUGAAUAUCAGGGGCUACGAAUAUAACAAAUUCACAAUGGAACUCAAACCGAUUCGCCUCGCUACUCUCUUAUUAUCCCUCUUUUCUCUUAUCCCCACGACUGCUGCUCUCGACUGCUUCUCGCACAAUGGCGUCAACGCAAACUCCUCCGAAUUCUACGACUCCGCCCGCGACGGAUCCCUAAUCGCCUGUGGCACAGGCGCCACAACAUGCUGUCUGGAAAGCGAAUACUGCGACGUCGAUCUGCUUUGUCAUUCGCGUAGUAAUGGAGGCUAUUCGAGACAGUAUUGCUCGGAUCCGGAUUGGCCGGAGGAUGCUUGUUCGCAGCUUUGUCCGAGCUACGGUGCAGCCGGUAUCGCAUUGACAGCCUGCGACUCCGCCGGCACGAAAUUCUGCUGCGGCCCCAGCGCAGACGACUGCUGCAAAGCCGGGAACUACACGCAGAUCGACAAGAGUAAUGGCCAAAUCGUGGCUAUCGGAACAAGCACGAUUCCUACGAGUAGUACCUCAGCUACACCUUCCUCAUCUGCGAAUGCGACUUCGACCAGUAGCAGUGCGUCUGCGACGACGACUGCCGCUGAUGCAGCAAACGAGGAUAAUGGUGAUGGUCUGACUGAGCAGACGAAACUUGGUAUUGGUUUGGGCAUUGGGCUGGGUGUGCCCUUUUUCACUGCGGCUGGUAUAGCGCUGUGCCUUUGGAGGAGGUCGCUUGCAAAGGGCGCUAGUGGUGGUGGUGCAGAGAAGAGUACGGGUGUUGAGGGUGCUGGGGUUAGGGAUCCUAAUGCUGGUGCGCCGUAUGAAGUUACUGGUUCUGCUACGCCACCGUAUGGAUAUGGAUAUGCGGGGCAGGGUCAAUGGCAGGCACAGGAACAAGGACAUGAUGUUACUGGGAACCGGAGUAAGAAUGUGCAUCAGCUUGAGGCUAAUGAGACGCGGGCGGAGUUGGAUGCUGCGAGGGUUCAUGAGAUGGAGUAGUUGUCUUUUUUGGACAGAAUCUUUGAUCUUGUUGUUAUGCUAUACUAAUACACUAAGCUAAUCGCAUAAUAAGCUAGAGUAAUCAUCUAAGCAUCACUCAUAAUGUCAUCACUUCUGUAGAUAGGGCU